GUGCUCUCUGUCUGUCUCCCACCCAGUCUUUGGCUUUUUAGGAUUUGGAGCUUCUUCUUUGUAUUAUUCUGAUUUUUCACAAGCACAUUUGAUGGACGCCCCUUCUGAAUGCUUAUUGCAUGGAUUGAACACCACCAACUGGAUGUGAAAGAGGGGAAAAUCCCGCCUACUUGAGUCCGAGCGGCCAUCCAAGUGUUCCUCUUUUCAAGUGCACAGCCACAAGACGUGAGCCAUGCCCUGCGUCCAGGCUCAGUAUGGAUCAUCACCCCAAGGAGCCAGUCCUGCUUCCCAGAGCUACAGCUACCACACCGCGGGAGAAUACAGCUGCGACUUCCUCACGCCAGAGUUUGUGAAGUUUAGCAUGGACUUGACCAACACCGAGAUCACAGCCACCACUUCCCUGCCCAGCUUCAGCACCUUCAUGGACAACUAUAACGCGGGCUACGACGUCAAGCCGCCCUGCCUCUACCAGAUGCCCCACGCCGGGGAGCAGUCGUCCAUCAAGGUGGAGGACGUGCAGAUGCACACCUACCACCACCAGCAGAGCCACCUGCCGCCCCAGUCCGAAGACAUGAUGCCCCACUCGGGGCCUAUGUACUUCAAGCCCUCCUCGCCUCACGCUCCGAACACGCCCAACUUCCAGGUGCAGCCCGGCUCCAUGUGGGAGGACCCCGGCUCCUUGCAUACCUUCCACCACAACUACGUGGCGGCCACGUCUCAUAUGAUGGAGCAGCAGCGCAAGAACCCGGUGUCCAGGCUCUCGCUCUUCUCCUUCAAGCAAUCCCCGCCCGGUACCCCGGUGUCCAGCUGUCAGAUGAGGUUCGACGGCCCGCUGCACGUCUCCAUGAGCCACGACAGCGCGGCGGCGGCGGCGGCAGCGCACCGCGGCCUGGAGGCGCAGAGCUUCGCGGUGCCCAGCGCCCUCCGCAAGCAGGCCGGCUUGGCCUUCCCGCACUCGCUGCAGCUGGGCCACGGACACCAGCUGGUGGACAGCCAAGUGCCGUCACCGCCUUCCCGCGGUUCGCCGUCUAAUGAGGGGCUAUGCGCAGUAUGCGGGGACAACGCGGCCUGCCAGCACUAUGGGGUUCGAACCUGCGAGGGCUGCAAGGGAUUUUUCAAGCGCACCGUGCAGAAAAAUGCCAAAUAUGUGUGCUUAGCCAAUAAAAACUGUCCUGUUGACAAACGCAGAAGAAAUCGUUGCCAGUUCUGCCGUUUUCAGAAGUGCCUUGUGGUUGGAAUGGUGCGAGAAGUGGUGAGAACUGAUAAUCUAAAAGGUCGAAGAGGACGCCUGCCAUCCAAACCUAAAAGCCCCCAGGAGCCCUCACCCCCGUCUCCCCCAGUGAGCCUCAUAAGCGCUCUGGUUCGGGCCCAUGUGGACUCCAACCCUUCCAUGUCAGCACUCGAUUACUCCAGGUUCCAGGCCAACCCUGACUACCAAAUGAGCGGAGACAACACUCAGCACAUCCAGCAGUUCUACGACCUGCUGACGGGCUCCAUGGAGAUCAUCCGGGGCUGGGCCGAGAAGAUCCCGAGCUUCUCUGAGCUGCCCAAGCAGGAUCAGGACCUCCUCUUCGAGUCUGCCUUCCUGGAGCUCUUCGUCCUGAGGCUUGCAUACCGGUCUAAUCCGGUGGAAGGUAAAUUAAUUUUUUGCAAUGGAGUGGUGCUGCACAGGCUGCAGUGCGUGCGUGGAUUCGGCGAGUGGGUGGACGCCAUCGUGGAGUUUUCUUCCAACUUGCAGGGCAUGAAUAUAGACAUCUCUGCCUUCUCUUGCAUCGCAGCCCUCGCCAUGGUCACGGAGAGACACGGCCUGAGGGAGCCCAAGCGCGUGGAGGAGCUGCAGAAUAAGAUCAUCAACUGCCUGAAAGACCAGGUGACGUUCACCAGCGGCGGCUUGAACCGACCCAACUACCUGUCCAAACUUUUGGGAAAGCUGCCCGAACUGCGCACCCUGUGCACUCAAGGUCUGCAGCGUAUCUUUUACCUCAAACUAGAAGACAUAGUGCCUCCCCCCGCCAUCAUUGACAAACUCUUCCUUGACACUCUACCUUUCUGAGUGGAGCCAACAUCCAACAAGAACUUCUUCCGCCAUUAUAUAUAAAUAUAUAUAUAUACAUAUAUAUAUAUAUAUAUGUAUAUAUGUAUAUAUAGCAUUUUUAACUAUUAUUUAUCAAGAAGGAGGAGCAGGAGGAGGAGGGGGGCGGUGUUAAAUUUACUCCAUUGCCACCAGUGGAUCAUUCUGUCUUUAUCACCAUAAGAUGUAAUAUAUAUUCCAUUUCUAUACAUAUAUACAGUGUAUAUAUAUAUAAUGUAAAUGCGACCAUGUGCGUGGACACUGUAUAUUAUUAUAAUAGAUGACGCAUCACUUUAUAACACAUGUACAAAGUUUCUUAUUAUAAUGAAAAUAUUUAAUUCUUCUUUUUUUUUUUUUUUUUUUAAAUCAUGUGUUUCUGACAGCAUCUCCAAAACGUUCCAGAAAAGACAACGCACGUGUAACGAUUAUUAUGAUGAUGAUUUAAUUUAUUUGUCAUAUAGGCACAUUCAGAGGUGGUGUCUAUAUCUCCUAUAUACCGGACACUAUGUAGUCUGCUAGAUUUGAUACCAAUAUAGUUGGCACUCCUCUGAAGGCAUCACAUAUUGUUAUGAUGAUGAUGAUGAUGAAUAUGUCUCCUGUGUAUAGAGCACCAAGGAGGAGCCAUUGUGUUUGUUCAACUGUCACAUUCCUUGUUUGUAUGUGUACUGUAAGUAUUGUUGCUGUUCAAUAUAAACAUUUCUUCUAUAUAGAUUUAUCAUUUCUAUGGCCGGACGACACUCUUAUUCAUAAUAAUAACGAUAAUGCUAAUAAUGCUCAUUAUUAUUAUUAUUAUUAUUAUUAUUGUAAGCAUGGCGACCUCUAAAAGUUCAUGCGGAGCACGUUGUUUUUGUCUGAUGCUUUUUAAUGUUUUUAAUCAAGAGAAUGCAUUUCAAACACACACACACACACACACAAAGAACAUUGAGAAAAGUGUGCAAAGGCCCAAAUAUUGGACGUGAUCAGAUGUGAUGAUGCCUCGAUUCAAAACGUUUAGAGGACUACAAGAAGGAAUUGUUUAAUGUUUACAAAUAAAACUUUUUUUUAAAGCGAAUUCAUUGCUAAUUAGUUUCUAUUCUAUUUUGAUUCGACUUUAAUUUGUUGUUUUUUAAAUUUCCGAUCGAAAGGUUGGAACACGAAGCUAUAUUUCUUUACCUGUCACCUGUGUGGGGGCCUACCAUUUUUACCUUCCGUGUUUUCCUUCAAUAAUAUUGUUUAUUGUGUGUGUGCUGGAGCAAAUCUACUUGCCUUUAAAACGAUCUAUUUUAACAACAAAAAUAGGAACGUCACCUGCAUGGCGGAAACGUAUUA